AUGCAACGCUCGGCAGGCACUCCGGCGCAGCCCGCCGCCCCUUUCUUCUCGUCCAUCUUUGGCUUCGGCGGCGGCACCAACAGCAGCACGAGCAGCAGCAACAACAUCUCCCAAAACACCCCGCCAUCUCCCACUAGCAAAACCCAGCUACCGACGAGCUCGGGUGAGGACGUCCCCAGCGAAAACCCUCGGCAGCAUAAAACCCUGGUCAAGGAAAGAAAGCCCUCGAUAGGCCGCAAGUCGUCCUUUGUCUUCUUGUCAUCGUCGCCCGGCAAGAAGACCAGGCGCCGCGCCGAUUCGGCCGCCUCUUCCAACCUCGCAUCCCCAGUCGAUGGCGGCGGAGCUGCUGUCCCGAUUCCCCCGCGCCGCCCUUCAGCGAUCAAACUAGCUCCCGAAGAACCGGUACCCCCGCUGCCCGACAUAUCACCCAAAACGACAGACGGUUUCUCCAAGAUGCUCAGUCGCGGCGCCCCGACGCCAACAACCGGAUAUCCCGUCGGCACGGCUGGCUCGGGAGCCAUGCACAAUACGCACGAAGGCCGGAUCUACUGGUUCAACACGCUCCUCUUCGACAAGCCCGACCUCCAGCGCAUGCCCUACUUCGACCCGCGCAAGCUCGGCCGGCGCGCGACCAACUACCUCCUGCUGGGCAUCUCCCUGCCGGCCGUGAUCGACCUCAACUCGAGCACGCCGGUCGAGUUCCUCCGCUCGCUCAACACCCUCCUCGCCGAGUUCGACACCUUCCAGCAGAUCCACACCGAGAACGGCAUCGCCGCGAGCUCGCUCACCCGCACCCGCAUCCCGCAGAUGUUCCGCCGCGCCGCCGCCCCCGUCUCCAAAGGCCCGGGGCCUACCCCGGCCGACGCCCCGCCCGCGGGGGUCAUAUCUUUUGGCGCGUCCGAGGUCGACCUGCUCCCGGGGGAGGAGUACACGCACCUGCUGACGCCCACGCUGCCCUUCGACCCGGACUUCUUCGAGACCUUUGCCACGCUGUGCGACGUGCUGAUCGACACGUACGCGCGGCUGCUGAGCCUGCUGCCGACCCCGCGCGAGUGCGGCGGCGCCGUGCCCGAGCUCUUCGCCAAGGCCGACACCAAGAUCAAGAAGCUCUUCAUCCAGGGCGCCAUCCGCGAGUUCGAGGAGGCCGGCAGGGCCGGUAUCAAGGGCGAGGUCGCUAGCGUCGGAAAGGUGGUGCUAAGAAGGGAAAAGGAGAGGAGGAUGGUGGUUACCCCCCCGAAGGAAAGGCUGCUGGCGUUUGGACGGCUGGUCGGCGCAUGGAAGAUAUCCUAA